GAACGCUGCGCGAAGCCUCAGAGCCAGGAGAAAGAGUUUCGGGACAUCCUGCCUCUGUGCUUCUUAGGAGAGCCGCAGGGCUCAGACUUUUUAUCACUCACUCCAGCUCGCUGCGUGCGGGCACUUCUCUUCUUGCAGGAUGACUGCUUGGGACGGGGUGCUACCCUUUUACCCUCAGCCCAGGCAUGCCGCCGGUUUCAGCGUACCGCUGCUCAUCGUUAUCCUGGUAUUCUUGUCCUUGGCUGCUAGCUUCCUGUUCAUCUUGCCUGGAAUCCGGGGGCACUCGCGCUGGUUCUGGUUGGUGAGAGUUCUUCUUAGCCUGUUCAUAGGUGCAGAAAUUGUGGCUGUACACUUCAGUGGAGACUGGUUUGUGGGGAGAGUGUGGACCAAUACAUCCUACAAAGCCUUCAGUACCUCCCGAGUUCAAGUCCAUGUCGGUCUGCACGUGGGGCUGGAGGGCGUUAAUAUCACACUCAGAGGAACACCAAUGCAGCAGCUGAACGAGACCAUUGACUACAAUGAGCAGUUCACUUGGCGCCUGAAUGAAGACUACACCAAGGAGUAUGUUCAGGCUCUGGAGAAGGGACUGCCGGACCCAGUGCUAUACCUGGCAGAGAAGUUCACACCGAACAGUCCUUGCGGAUUGUACCACCAAUAUCACUAUGCCGGUCACUAUGCCGGGGCAACGCUAUGGGUGGCGUUCUGCUUCUGGAUCAUCGCCAAUGCGCUGCUCUCUAUGCCCGCUCCGCUCUAUGGAGGUCUAGCUCUGCUCAUCACGGGUGCCUUCACGCUCUUCUCCGUCUUCGCCUUCGCCUCGAUCUCCAGCGUGCCGCUCUGCCACUUCCGCCUGGGCUCCGCCGCCCUCACGCCUCACUACGGCGCCUCCUUUUGGGUCACGCUGGCCACCGGCAUCCUGAGCCUCCUCCUCGGAGGGCUGGUGGUGAUUCUCCACUACACUCGACCCAGCGUCCUUCGAGCCUUACUGGAUCAAAAUGUCAAAGACUGUAGCAAUCAGGCUGACGGAAACUCACAUUUCAUCCUCGACAACCCUCAACACAGACAGUCUAAGACUCCAGACUUAAAUGUUACCACUCUCCUAUGAAAAGAGUUAACUCCGGAUUUCUAUCCGUCCUUGGGAUCCCACACACCUGAAGACAGUGUUAAGAGCGCGUGCCAGGAGCACAGCUGAGUCUGGAGGACUGCAUACCCAUGCGGGAAUACAAGGGGGCGCCCCAGAUACACCUUUGCUCUAGAGAAUGGAUUUCUCAGGAGAACUGUAAAUAAACUUUUUUGUUUCGUUUUUUUUUUCAAAA